AUGGCACCGCUACCCGCGUCCCACCCGCGGACGCCGGAAUCGGCCCAGCCCAGCGCUGACCAACGAGAAGACUUGGUGGUCAGAAUUCCGUCCCAAGACGAGAGAGUUGCGGAAUCCAAGGAGGAAAAGGUAGAGGGCAAUACUUCAUCUGGCGAGUCGGCAGCGCCAACUAAAGAGUUUCAAGAGGGCGGCUAUGGCUGGGUUGUUGUCGCUUCUGUCGCCACAAUUAAUGCUCAUUCUUGGGGAGUGAAUGCCGCCUACGCCAUUUUCCUGGCGUACUAUUUACGAAAUGAUGCCUUCAAGGGCGCCACUCCUUUAGCAUACGCCUUCGUCGGAGGCCUUUCCUUGUCUAUCGCAUUGCUCUUUUCCCCUAUCGCUACAAUCAGCAUAAGAAAGUUCGGUACGCGGAUAACUCUGUGGAUCGGAGUCGUAUUUGAGACAGCUGCCUUCGUCGGUGCCUCCUUCACGAGCGAAAUAUGGCACCUUCUUCUCAGUCAAGGCAUAGCCUUUGGUAUCGGCAUGGGUUUCCUAUUCACCGGAUCUGUGGGAGUCGCGCCGCAGUGGUUUGUCAAGAAACGAUCCUUUGCCAAUGCACUGGCGACUAGUGGCUCAGGAUUCGGCGGUCUCAUCUACUCCCUCGCGACCAACGCCAUGAUCAAAAACAUUGGGCUGGAGUGGGCCUUUCGAAUCCUCGCCAUCAUCUGCUUCGUGGUAAACGGCAUCUCGGCGACAUUGAUCAAGGACCGGAACAAGCACAUCGGCUCGGUGCACGUCGCCUUCCACAAGGACCUGUUCAAGAGAAUCGAGGUCAUCCUCCUGAUCAGCUGGGCCUUCUUCUCUCUCAUCGCCUACGUCAUCGUCAUCUUCUCCCUGACGGACUACGGCCAGACCGUGGGCUUCUCGGCGAGCCAUGCUUCCCUGCUGGCGUCCAUGUUCAGCUUGUCCCAGGGGAUCGGGCGUCCGUUGAUAGGUCUAACGAGCGACUAUUUUGGCAGACUCAACAUUGUCUGCGUGGGCACGUUCAUCGCUGGUUUCUGCGCGCUCUUCCUCUGGAUCUUUGCUGGAAAGUACUUUGCCGGCGCCAUCGUCUAUAGUUUGUUCGGCGCCUUCGCCGGCAUGAUCUGGGCAACGAUUUCCCCUGUCGGCGCCGAGGUCGUGGGCAUCCAGCUCCUCCCUUCGCUGCUGUCAGUGACCUGGAUCAUCCUGGUGCUCCCCGGUACCUUUGCCGAGGUCAUCGGUCUGAGUCUGAGGAAGCACGGCGUCGACGGCUACCUCGAUGUCCAGCUCUUCACGGGGUUCAUGUUCAUCGCCGCGGGAAUCUGCUCCUGGCUCCUGAGGGCGUGGAAGCUGCACGAGCUCGAGACCAUGCGCCUGACCAAGGAGCAGAGAGAACUAGAGAUCCGGGACGACGACGCAGUCCCACGAGACCCGAACGCGCGCACUACAACUACCAAGGGGUAUCUGAUGUACAUCAUGAAGGGCAAAGGCCUGUUCGAGUGGGCGCAUGUAUGA